AUGGGCACACUAUUUCGAAGAAAUGUUCAGAACAGGAAGAGUGAUUCUGGUGAGAAUGAUAGGGGAAAUUCUGCUCAUAACAAGCGAGAGAACAGAAACCACAUACAUCAUCAACAAGGAUUAGGUCAUAAGAAAAGGAGAGGUAUUAGUGGCAGUGCAAGAAGGAAAGAGCAUGGUAACGAAUUUGACAAGAAAAGGGACGGGAGUGGUAGGAAACGUUGGAGAGAUUCCAGAAGACUGAUUUUCAUUCUUGGAGCAUUCUUAGGUGUGCUUUUACCAUUCAGCUUAGGCGCUUAUCAUGUUCACAAUAGCGAUAGUGACUUGUUUGACAACUUUGUAAAUUUUGAUUCACUUAAAGUGUAUUUGGAUGAUUGGAAAGAUGUUCUCCCACAAGGUUUAAGUUCGUUUAUUGAUGAUAUUCAGACUGGCAACUACUCCACAUCUUCUUUAGAUGAUCUCAGUGAAAAUUUCGCCGUUGGUAAACAACUCUUACGUGAUUACAACAUCGAAGCCAGACAUCCUGUCGUGAUGGUUCCCGGUGUCAUUUCUACAGGAAUUGAAAGUUGGGGAGUUAUUGGAGACGAUGAGUGUGAUAGUUCUGCGCAUUUUCGUAAACGGUUGUGGGGUAGUUUUUACAUGCUGAGAACGAUGGUUAUGGACAAAGUUUGUUGGUUGAAACAUGUGAUGUUAGAUCCUGAAACAGGCCUGGACCCACCGAAUUUUACGCUACGUGCAGCGCAGGGCUUCGAAUCAACUGACUAUUUCAUUGCGGGGUAUUGGAUCUGGAAUAAAGUUUUCCAAAAUCUGGGAGUGAUUGGCUAUGAACCCAAUAGAAUGACGAGUGCUGCGUAUGAUUGGAGGCUAGCAUAUUUGGAUUUGGAAAAACGUGACAGGUACUUCACGAAGUUGAAGGAACAGAUCGAACUGUUUCACCAACUGAGUGGUGAAAAAGUUUGUCUAAUUGGGCAUUCCAUGGGUUCUCAAAUCAUCUUCUAUUUUAUGAAAUGGGUCGAAGCUGAAGGCCCUCUUUAUGGUAAUGGUGGUCGUGGCUGGGUUGAUAAACACAUAGAUUCAUUCAUUAAUGCAGCGGGGACGCUUCUGGGUGCUCCCAAGGCAGUUCCAGCUUUGAUCAGUGGUGAAAUGAAAGAUACUAUUCAACUAAAUACCUUGGCUAUGUAUGGUUUGGAAAAGUUCUUUUCUAGAAUUGAGAGAGUAAGAAUGUUACAAACGUGGGGGGGUAUACCAUCAAUGCUACCAAAGGGAGAAGAGGUUAUUUGGGGGGAUAUGAAGUCAUCUUCAGAGGACGCAUUAAAUAACAACACUGAUACAUACGGUAAUUUCAUUCGCUUUGAAAGGAAUACGAGCGAUGCUUUCAACAAAAAUUUGACGAUGAAAGACGCCAUUAACAUGACAUUGUCAAUCUCACCCGAAUGGCUCCAAAGGAGGGUACAUGAGCAGUACACAUUUGGCUAUUCCAAGAAUGAAAAAGAGCUAAGAGAAAACGAGUUACAUCACAAGCACUGGUCGAAUCCGAUGGAGGUACCACUACCAGAAGCUCCCCACAUGAAAAUCUAUUGUAUAUACGGGGUGAACAACCCAACAGAAAGAGCAUAUGUAUAUAAGGAAGAAAAUGACUCGUCUGCUCUGAACUUGACCAUUGACUACGAAAGCAAGCAGCCUGUAUUCCUCACCGAGGGCGACGGGACCGUUCCGCUGGUAGCGCACUCGAUGUGCCACAAAUGGGCCCAGGGCGCUUCUCCGUACAAUCCUGCCGGAAUUAACGUUACCAUUGUGGAAAUGAAACAUCAGCCAGAUCGAUUUGACAUACGUGGUGGGGCCAGAAGCGCCGAACACGUAGACAUCCUAGGCAGCGCGGAGUUGAAUGAAUACAUCUUGAAAAUUGCAAGCGGUCAUGGAGAUCUCGUAGAGCCACGUCAAUUGUCUAAUUUGAGCCAGUGGGUUUCUCAGAUGCCCUUUCCAAUGUAA